AUGCGCGCCUGCCUCCUCGUGUGCGCGGCGCUCGCGCUCGCGCCGGGCCCAUGGGCGCGCGCCGCCGCCACGCGACCACUCGAGCCCGCACGACUCGAACACAUAAAGACACAAAUAUUAGCCAAGCUGGGUUUAUCAACACGUCCUACGCCACUGGGGACGCCCCCACGUGACGUCGUGCGCCAGAUCCUGGCGCGAGCGGCUGAUCCCCAUCCAGAACCCCCAGAGACUGAACACAGCAUGAGGGAGAUCAUAGCCAUCGCGCAUAGAGAUUUUUUGAAGAAGCGACUAACACCAGGGAUAGUUUGCUCAACAGUUCUUAGAGGAUCUGUUUGUAUGGCGUGGGGAGUAUGGUACCAAAACUCGAAGAGAUCCCCUGCACAGCAAUGUCUGUGUCCUGAUCUUUUCUGGCUCUCGUGA